GGGUAGGGAUGUAGGGGUGGAGUGAAGGGCGGAAGUAAGGCUCCCGCAGAAGUCAACUUUUUUUUGCCGGGGGAACAGAGCAUUUCUUUGCAUGUUCAUGAAGACUCCCGGAUUUGCCAGAGUUGCAACUGGAGCCCUAGAAUACGGUCAGCAAUCAAGAUGGUACAUGCUGAAGCCUUUUCUCGUCCCUUGAGUCGGAAUGAAGUUGUUGGUUUAAUUUUCCGUUUGACAAUAUUUGGUGCAGUAACAUACUUUACAAUCAAAUGGAUGGUAGAUGCAAUUGAUCCAACCAGAAAGCAAAAAGUAGAAGCUCAGAAACAGGCAGAAAAAUUAAUGAAGCAAAUUGGUGUGAAAAAUGUGAAGCUUUCAGAGUAUGAAAUGAGUAUUGCUGCUCAUCUAGUAGAUCCUCUUAAUAUGCAUGUUACUUGGAGUGAUAUAGCAGGUUUAGAUGAUGUCAUUACGGAUCUGAAAGACACAGUCAUCUUACCCAUCAAAAAGAAGCAUUUGUUUGAAAAUUCCAGGCUUCUGCAGCCUCCAAAAGGUGUUCUUCUCUAUGGGCCUCCAGGCUGUGGUAAAACAUUGAUUGCCAAGGCUACAGCCAAAGAAGCAGGUUGUCGAUUUAUUAACCUUCAGCCUUCAACACUGACUGAUAAGUGGUAUGGAGAAUCUCAGAAACUAGCUGCUGCUGUUUUCUCCCUUGCCAUAAAGCUACAGCCUUCCAUCAUCUUUAUAGAUGAAAUAGACUCCUUUCUGCGAAACCGUUCAAGCUCUGACCAUGAGGCUACAGCCAUGAUGAAAGCUCAGUUUAUGAGUCUCUGGGAUGGAUUGGAUACUGAUCAUAGCUGCCAGGUCAUAGUGAUGGGAGCUACUAAUCGACCGCAGGAUCUUGACUCAGCUAUAAUGAGAAGAAUGCCUACGAGAUUUCAUAUAAACCAGCCUGCUCUAAAACAAAGAGAAGCAAUCCUGAAACUCAUCUUGAAAAAUGAAAAUGUGGAUAGGCAUGUGGACCUGCUAGAAGUUGCCCAGGAAACUGAUGGGUUUUCAGGAAGUGACCUAAAAGAGAUGUGUCGAGAUGCUGCCCUCCUCUGUGUCAGGGAAUAUGUUAAUUCUACAUCGGAAGAAAGCCAUGAUGAAGAUGAAAUUCGACCUGUACAACAACAGGACCUACAUCGGGCAAUUGAGAAGAUGAAGAAAUCAAAGGAUGCAGCAUUUCAGAAUGUUUUAACACACGUUUGUUUAGAUUAAGAGUAAAGAGCAUUUGUAUAGUUCAGCGUGAUCUAGUUUGGUAUGCCCUCUCGUCAUUAGUGGAAAUAGAAUGGAAGGAGGAAGCGUGUUCUUUAAACAGUGAGGGAGUUCUUUGUUAGUGACACUGGUUUUAUACUCUGAAUUCUAAGUUAUUGAGAUAUAGUUGUUAUAUAAAUGGUAUUACUACUUAUGAAAAAUCAUGAGGAGGAACAAUUUAAUCAACCUGAGUGUGGGUGCUUGUGUUUGACCUCUUUAGCCAUAUGUUGCAGCCUUAUAGUGUCUAAGCUGGUCUUAAAGUAACAAAUGAUUCACUGAGUCAUUAGUGAGAAUUGGGGAUGUGGUUAAGUGCUGGUUUCUAGGAAUGUGUGUGUAUGUGUGUGUGUGUAUAUUAAAUGUAUAUAUUCACACAUUUUAUAUUGACAUUCUGUAGAUAGGUUUGAAUACAGAAACUUUUUUUUACCCCAACUACUGAAUCAAAAAGUACCAAGUAGCAGAUAGCAAAACUAAGGUUAAUGGUUGUGUCUGAAAGGUACAGUGAUUCAGCCCUUUCCAGUUGUUACUUGUUUCAGUUUUUUUUUAAGUUGAUUGUUUCUCUGCAGUUGAAUAGCUGGAGUCAGCCACGUCUGAAUACUUAGAUUUGGCUCAAUUAUGGAUGUCAGGAUAAUCAAAUAAAAAUACUUGUUCAGUAGUCAGCAUUGAAUGGUUGUCAGGCACUUGUGUGAUCAGCACUGAUUUCAUCUCUUUCUGCAAACACACUGAGUAGAGACAUUUUUUAAAUUGAUAUAUAUAAAGGUGGAUUGAAAGCCUUUCAAAAGAAUGGCUUUGAAAAACCUCAGUGCCAUUCAGUACAUGUAUGUGACUUUCAUUUCCUUAUUUAAUGUAACAGUUCUGUUGUUUUAAGCAUGGUUUUUUAAUAUUUUAAAUUUAUAUGUUCUUUAAUUGUGGUCAGAUAUAAUUUGGUCACUAAAAAUGAAAUGAUAGUUAAAAACAACUAGCUGUUACUACACGUGCUAAAAAUACCCAUUUUGUAAUUUUAAUUUUUUGUUUCUUAGCAUAAGUUAUGCCCUACUUAAUACAAAUAUACACAUCAAAAUCCCCAUAUUGUAUUUGUAGUCAUUUGUGCUAUGUGUGCAAAAUAUGACAUUUUCUUGUCCAAAAUUUCACUAACCAGAAUUCUGUUAUAGGCACUUAAACACCAAGCAUAAGGAAAAUGGCACAAUAUGAUCUUGAGGUGCCCUCUGAAUCAUCAGAAAGAUUAAAUCAUGCUUCAUACAUCUUUGUUUUUAUUGUAUUUUUUUGAAAAUUUUCAAUCUUUAUUCAUGAGUUACUGGGUUAAUUUCUUUAAUAAUUUAAGUCUCUCCUUGGAACCCAUGGGACAGUUUGUUCUUUAAUUGUUGUGCUCUGAAUGGUGGGUAGGGUAGAGGUUCAGGAUUUGAAAAAUUGUGAAGAUGAUUGAAAAAUUGAAUACAAAACACAAGAUACCAAAAAUAAAAUUGUCUCCAUUUUUAAUAACUAUAUUAUGCUAUUAUUUUAUAAAUAUGUAAUAAAGAAGUCCCUCUUGAGUUUUUCUCUA